AUGCCAGUGCUGAUAUUCAGCAGUGCUUUUGAAAUUGAAUCUCAUAUAUUUUUGAAAUCAUUAUCACAGGUGGUGAUUUUGGCCGGUCCUGGUUUGAUCCUGAGUAGUGCAAUGAUUGCUCUUAUGGCUGUUAAAGUUUACACAUUCAACUGGGACUGGUACAUUGGCAUGAUGUUUGGGUCAAUUCUUGGCUGCACUGACCCUAUUACAGCUGUCGCUCUACUUCGGAAUCUAGGUGCAUCUAAAGCUCUUACUCUGAUAAUUGAAGGAGAAUCAUUGCUGAAUGAUGGCACCUCUAUCGUUGUGUUUGAAGUCUUUCGAGAUCUUUCUCUUCAUCCACAUAAUGUUGACGCUACUGAGCUUGCUAUAAGAUUGAUACUGAAGGUGCUCGUCAGUCCAAUAUUUGGAUACGCAAUGGCCAAAAUCACCAUGUUUUGCCUAUCCUAUAUUUUUAAUGAUGGUUUGACAGAGAUAACAAUGAGUUUGGCUAUCACAUACAUCACAUUCUUUGUUGGUGAGUGGGUUGGGACGUCGGGUGUAAUAGCUGUGACCUUUAUGGGGCUAUUUAUGGAUACAGUGAGUUUUAGCCCAGAGAUUGAGGUAUUUCUUUUGCGCUUCUGGGAAAUGCUAACAUAUCUGGGUAAUACUCUUAUCUUCAUGAUCGUUGGAGUGGUGAUAUCACAGAGGUCAUUGGAAUACAUGUCUAUCAGUGAUGGAUUUUUCAUCAUUGUGCUUUACUUUGGACUAAAUACGAUACGGCUAGUGCUUAUUGUUGGCUUAUCGCCACUACUGUCACGCUUGGGCUAUGGCUUCAAUUGGCGUUGGGCAGCUGUUUGCAUCUGGAGUGGCACAAAAGGAGCUUUCACUUUGAGUUUGGCUCUGAUGGCUUAUCAGUUGGAAGGACUUGAUGAAGUGAAUGUCAGAAACAAGAUACUGCUGCAUGUAUCAGGGACAGUGGUACUGUCACUCCUAAUCAAUGGUACCACAAUGGGAUGGAUCGUCAAUACCUUGGGUCUUAGUGAUAUUCCAGCCCCUAAACGGAUGGCUAUGUAUAGUGCACUUCAACGUAUCAGGGAAAGUGAGGCCAACACCUUUUCAUUGCUGAAAAUGGAUAGAUUCCUUGCUGAUGCAAACUGGGUAAUGGCAGAAAAAUUAGUGCAAAUUGAAGACCCUUACAAGAGUCACCAAAGAAAUGUUCAUGUUGAUGAUCUUUUACAAACUACAAGAACAGCCCGUUGCCCUGACUGUGAGAAGAACAUACCAUGGGAACCUUCUCUUCGUGAGAUAGAUGACAUGAUGGAAGAAGCCAGGAUACGUGUAUUAAAAGCACAGAAGACCAGUUACUGGCGGCAGUAUAGUGCUGGAAUGCUUAAUCGCCAGGCAGCUCGGACUUUGAUUAGUAUCACUGAAAACAUGAUUGAUUCUGGAAGAUUUAUGACUGUAGUAGAUGUCAAGAAAGAGUGGGAAAUUGGAGGCAUUUUUGUCAUCAUAAGGAAAAAGCUGGAAGACUGGAUGUACAAUGUCAAAGGGGACAAAUAUAAACCAUCCAAAAACAGGAUUUCAAAGUUUUGCUACCGCAUGGUAUUCACCAAUGCGUUUGAAGUUUUUGUUUACAUGGCUAUUCUACUUAACGUCUUUCCACUCAUUCUGGAAUAUAUUCCCAAUGUGAAUGUAGAGCUUGAGAUAGAGCUGCGAACGAUUAAUUAUAUUUUCUUUGUCGUGUAUGUAGUACAGGCACUUAUGAAGGCCCUUGCUGUGCGGAAAGCCUAUAUCUUUGAUCACUGGAAUCAGUUUGAUGUAUUCAUUAUCACAUUAGCAGCAGCUGAUAUUAUCAUAGACCAGUUAUUUGAGCGCAGCGUGCAUAAGAUCCGUACUGUCCGAAUCUUCAGAUUGGUGCGACUUGCUAGAGUACUCCGACUUUUAAAGAUUAUGAUACCAACCUUCAUACAUCUUCUCAAUAAGCAGAUUAAUAAACAACUAAGCUUUGGAUAUGAUAUUGGAAAAGGAUAUGUAGUAGGCGAAGAGGAUGUUAGUAAUCUUAUUGAUCACAUUUCUGACCAAAAAGUGAUCUCUGAGCAACUGAGGAGUAUUGUCGAGCGGAAUCAUCAAGAAGCGAUUAAGGAACUGGGUCUUCUGCAACGUGACCACCCAGAGAUAGCAAUAUCAGUAAAGACCAGACAGGCAGUCCGAACUGUGCUUAACAGUGCCCGGGACACAAUUCAUGCUUUAAUGGCUGGAGGUCUUCUUGAUGAUGCAGAAGCGUUAAAAUUAGAAACGAUGAUUGAAGUAAAGAUGAAGCGUCUUCUGAAAUUCCCCCCUUCCAUACAACCUCCAACUGCAGAAGAAUUGUUAAAAAAUUUACCAUGGCUGCAAAAUUCAGAGAAACAAAUUGAAUUCAUCAAGUAUAAAGCAAAGCUACUUUAUUUUGACUACGGUGACAUUGUUGUGCACCAGGGUGAACAGCCACGAGGAAUUCAUCUCAUUGUAUCAGGAAUGGUUCGGCUACAUGGUGUCAAACCAUUACUUGGAAUCAGCAGUAAAGGCAUGGAUAUGGAUGAAGAUGAUGAAUUACCAUCAGACAAAAUCAGACCCACCUUCACUGACUACAGGAGCAGUGGUGCGAUUAUUGGAGAACUAAAUUGCCUAACUCAGCAAAGAAUGGAAGUAACAGUUACCUGUGAAACUGUAGCACAGACUUGUUACAUCUCAAUUGAUGACCUCUUUGAAGCUUUUGAUGUCUUUUCUGAAUUUCCUUCUCUUGAGUAUAAAAUCUGGCUAGCACUAGGGAUUCGCAUUGCUAUUACAAUCAUGAUGGAAGAUAUAACAUAUCAGGGCUGGUCAUAUAAUAGCAUCUGUGCUUAUCUGGCUCGAUCUUAUGUGGUGGAUAUAGAAAAAAACAACAGAUUUGAUCUUUAUGAUGGGACAGUAGAGGAUGCGUUUCUUGUUUAUGGAAGUGCUGAGGAUGUACAGUCACAGCGACAAUAUGAUGCUCCUUGUUAUAUUUCAAAAACUACUCACCAGAUAUUGGGAUUAUCUAACAUAAAUAAAAUACUGAUUGUUGGUCCUAACAUAAAACAUUUAGAAGAAUGCAAUGGUGGUCCAUGCCUUCGGCAUCCACAGUCCCGGAAAUCUGGGAUAAAGGGAAGUCGUUUAGAAACCUUCAGUCCCAGUCAAGUAGAACUCUACAAUAUGGAAGGCACUAACAAGCUGACAGGUCAACCAUCAAUGCUGUUUCGCUCAUUGACUCCAUCUUCCCGAAUCGAAGGUCGUCUUCAAGCUUCUACAUCAAUUGCUAAUGUGAAAAAGUUGUUUUGAUUGAACAAAGUCUUUUUCAUUCUGA